AUGGCCUCAACUGAUAUGGACGACUUAAACUGGGGCAUAGAGAAUCGCGAUCUGAACGACAUAGAAAGUGAUCUUAUGAGGGAAGAGGAAGAAAAGCGCCUUCGCGAAGAACGGAACAUUAAUCAGGCGUUGGAUACGUUUGAACUGUACGACGACGCUCUGGCGAUGGUGCAAAUCAGCGACGACACGUUUAGCUACACUUCGGCGUCACCUUCGCUCCAGCUUCUUGGCCUGACGGACGAUGACAAUGUACUUCAGUCCUUCUUUCGGCUGUUGCGAUUGCGCAGGUCAAUCGAACAAGAAACUGUACCAAACCCGAAAAUAAAGUUUCUCGAAGACGGCAUGCUAGACGCCACACCAGAAUCAGAAGAGAAUGAGAGAAUAUGCCAACGCAAUGCCCAGUCCUCCAGGCUCCUAACGUUACCAAUCGAGGUCCGCAAUCAAAUAUUUGCCGAAGCCAUGGGUGGCUUCAGCAUCUUCAUCAAAUCGAGACGUGUGGAUUAUGGAGAGUACACUAAGCAGGAACUGUCGCGGAUCACGAACCGCAUCAGACUACUCAAUUCUUCAGCCGGCAUAGCUCUCCACGAGACACAUUUGGAGGUAGGGCCUAAGGAUUGGCUAGAUGUAGCAUCCUGGCACAGUUCAAAUGUCAGAAUCACACGCACCAACUUACCAGGCGGUCCAAAAGAGAACAAUCCCUUUGUCGCGCUUCAGUCGACAUGCCGGCAGAUAUAUACCGAAACCGCGCUAGUCCCAUUUUCUAGCAUCAAUCGUUUCUGGUACUACAACGACUUCGCUCUCAGCGCACUGAAAACCCGCAUCACAUCAGCUCAAACUGGAGCCAUCACCAAGCUCUUCUUUUACGUGAAGGCUAUGGAAUAUUCAAGCAGGCCGAACGACAUUGGAGACUUCGACUUGAAGCGUAUUCAGAAUUUGAGUACGUUGACGGGGUUGAAGUACAUUCACGUCGCUGUUGUGGUAGAUGGUGGCGAAUUAAUGUCUCGCAAGUCCUCGUUCCGUACGACCCGUCCGUCGGAGAUUGCGGCGCUCAAGCGGAUAGAGGCUGGCUUGGGUCCUAGACUUCUGAAAUUCGCACCCAAGGAUGUUGAGUUGGCGUUUGAGCUUCAUCGUCUGGAGUAG